CUCAACCAGUCGACACUCUUUCGAUUGCUCUCAAGUAGUGGGUUUCGACACUCUUUCGACCGAUUGCUCUCUCGAAAGGUAAAGGUUACUGCCUUGUUAGUGCAAAGACGAGUGGUUGUGACCGGGAUGGGAGUAGUAACUCCGCUUGGACAUGAGCCUGAUGUUUUCUAUAACAACCUGCUCGAGGGUGUUAGUGGUAUAAGUGAAAUCGAGACUUUUGAUCUGCGUUCGAUUUCCAACAAGAUAAGUUAUCAAAUCUUCUCAAGCGAUGGAUGGGUCGCACCAAAACUUUCCAAGAGGAUGGACAAAUUCAUGCUUUAUUCUCUUUCACGGAAAGAAAGCUUUGCAAGAUGGGGAGUAAAUGAAGAUGUAAUGGAGGAGUUAGAUAAAACGAAAUGUGGAGUUUUGAUUGGUUCAGCAAUGGGUGGCAUGAAGGUUUUCAACGAUGCGAUUGAAGCUUUGAGGAUCUCAUACAGGAAGAUGAAUCCUUUUUGCGUGUUUGCUACAACAAAUAUGGGUUUCGCAAUGCUUGCAAUGGAUUUAGGAUGGAUGGGUCCUAAUUAUUCAAUCUAGGCUUUUAUAUGUAUAUUAUUUUUGCAUGACCUCUAUAUGCACCUGAACGAUGUAUAUGUACCUGAACGAUAAUAUUUUAUAUGAUAUUGAUAAUAUUAAGAAGUCCUAAUUGCAAUGACCUCUAUAUGCCUUAAGAGUAUGAUUUUUCAUUUGAGAAAAUGGUUAUGCUGUGUUUAUUUUACUUCAUUUCUAUCUUUUAAUGAGAAAGAAGGGGCCCUUGUUUUCAAUGUUGAGUGUUGAAAUAUAAGUCCAAUUAGCAUGGUUUUAAGUCUUAUGCUGUGGUUAGUCUGGUUUUUGGAAGUUGUUUCUGGUAAUAUCUCAUCACUUUUUUUUGUCAUUCUGCAUUUAUGUAUAGGAUAUGAUGCAUUUUCUUGUUUGGUUAUUCGUUUAGGAGAGGUUUUCAAGUUGGAACUAUUUUUGCCUGAAGAAUAUCCCAUGGCUGCUCCUAAGGUAGUCAGCAUUGAGUUAUUCUUAAUGUUUAGCAUAAUCUUCAUGUUUUGGCAUCUGUUGGGGUAUGCUUGAUUGAUUUCCCUUGAUAUAUGAUAUUGAUUGACUUUACAUUGGGUUUUAUUAUGAAUUAGGGAUACACUAGUUUACAUGUAGAGAAUGCUAUCUUUGCUUUGUGUGACUGUUUUAUCUGUCACGUUUUUACUGUUAGUGCAUCUAGUUUCCAAGCAUAUAAUAACUUAAAGCAUUAUUUAGUAUUUAGUUAUUUGUAAGCUGUCUUUAAUUAUCUGUUAGUGAAGUAAGUACUCACUUUUUGCUUCAUUGACCAAGCUUUAACCGACCUAUAUCAAGUUGCGUUAUGUUUCUUGAGGAUUACUUCUUAGCUGUCUUUCCGGUAGAACUUGCUAAAUGAUUGGCAAUAGAGAUUUCCUUUAACCGUCCAACCAUUUUUUGAUCGGCCAGUUGUUGUAAUUACAACUUUCUUUUGGAUUUUACAAGUUCCCUACUAUCUUGAUGAAGCUACAGGAUGGGGUUUGGAAGUAUCUGAGCUUAAGAAACAACUGCAGGAAGCCAAGUCUAAUGGCAUCACUGUUAGGGCCUUGGUUGUAAUAAAUCCAGGCAACCCAACAGGACAAGUAUCAAUGAAAUGCUUUCAGAAAAGUAUAUUAUAAAUGAAAAAGGUUCAUGCAAUUUCAUUUUUCUAUUAUUUCAUUUACGGAAUGUGAAUGAGCUUAUACAAAGUUUGGAAUUUUGACACAGAAUAUAAACUCUUUUACUGUCUCCAGGGUAUUAUGGAGAGUGUGGAAAAAGGGGAGGUUACUGGGUUUGGUGCUGAUGUGAGGGAGCAUAUAUACAAAUCAGCAUCUGUGAAUGUGUGUUCUAAUAUCACUGGUCAAAUUCUUGCUAGUCUUGUAAUGAGUCCACCUAAGGUUAUAUCUUUUGCCAUUUAAAGCCAGUUAUCUGUUUGUAUUCAAAUGACAUUGGAUGUAUGACAUAGGACUAAAUAGAUUUUGAGCUUUGACAAGCUGCUUAUAAGCAUUGUUUCUUAUAGAAGAAACACAUUAUUGGAGAAAGCUUUUGAAUCUCCCAACUAUUGGAUUUGGGUUUCUUUUUGACAAUUUGUUUAUUGUGCUUUUGUUUAGAUGAUGAGAAAGGAAAGUCAAGAAUUA